UCGGAUUUUGUCCCUGCGUGGGACAGGGAGGGCGCCGUCCUCCCCAGGAGUCUUCCGGUUUCUGUGAGGCUGAGCCACCUCCCCUCAGAUUCCUGGGGAUACGCCCUCUUCCCAGCCCCCGUCACCCUGCGUUCAUCACCGAGCCCCUUGGAGUCGCUGUGGGGUAACAGCCACCCAACGUCCUUUCGUUUUAGUUCUCGCUCCGUUGGGAACCUCGGUCCCCAUUUGAGCUGUCCCUUCCCAACCUUCUAAAAUGUCCAAUAAUCUCCAGAAGGUCUUCCUGAAUCCCGCAGAGGAAAAUUCAGGCACCACCUCGCACUGUAUUUCAGGCUGCAUGUACCAAGUAGUUCAGACGAUUGGCUCGGAUGGAAAAAAUCUUCUGCAAUUACUUCCAAUUCCUAAUUCUUCUGGAAAUCUUACCCCGGUAGUUCAAUCUUCAGUCAUGUCUGAUGCUUUGAAAGGGAAUACAGGAAAACCAGUUCAAGUUACUUUUCAGACCCAGAUUUCCAGCUCUUCCACAAGUGCAUCAGUUCAAUUGCCCAUUUUUCAGCCAGCCAGUUCUUCAAACUAUUUUCUUACAAGAACAGUAGAUACAGCAGAAAAAGGUAGAGUUACUUCUGUGGGAAUUGAAAAUUUUACUUCAUCAGUCUCUAAAGUUAAGAGUCAUGGUGUGAAAAUUGAUGGACUCACCAUGCAAACAUUUGCUGUUCCUCCCUCAACACAAAAUGAUUCAUCUUUUAUUCUAGUCAGUAACCCGAAUCUUCCACUGACUAUGAAGUCUCCAGUUUUGCCUUCUGGGCAUCAUUUGCAGAUUCCAGCGCACGCUGAAGUAAAAUCUGUACCUGCAUCAUCUUUGCCUCCUUCAGUUCAGCAAAAGAUACUUGCAUCUGCAACCACAAGUACCUCAGGAGCAGUUGAGGCCUCCCAAAUACCAACAGUUAUUUAUGUAUCUCCUGUAAAUACAGUGAAAAGUGUAGUUACCAAGAACUUUCAAAAUAUUUACCCAAAACCUGUUAAAGAAAUAGCAAAGCCAUUGAUACUAAAUACCACACAAAUUCCAACGAAUGUUGCUACAGAGACACAGUUAAAAAGUGGUCAGCAUUCUCAAGCUGCUCCAGUGAAAUGGAUUUUUCAAGAAAAUCUACAGCCUUGUACUCCAUCUCUUGUUCCUGUUAAGUCUUCAAAUAAUGUGGCUUCAAAGAUUUUAAAAAGUUUUGUAGAUAAAGAAAGUUUCGUAGAUAAUACUAUAAGUAUGCCACAAUUGAGUAACAUCAGUCCUAGUGGGACACAAUCCAUAAGUGUGCCUAUUAAAGAUAAUGCUUUGGUAAUGUUUAAUGGGAAAGUCUAUCUAUUGGCUAAAAAGGGGACAGAUGUUCUACAAUCACAAAUUGACCAACAGAAUUGUGUUUCUCCUGGUAUUCCACUAAGAAAAGACACAUCACAGGUAGUAAGUUCAACUCCAGUCACAGAAAUAUCCAGAGAGGUUGUAAAUAUUGUUUUGGCUAAAAGUAAAUCUUUCCAGAUGGAGACAAAAUCACUUUCAAAUACCCAGCUUGCUUCCAUGGCCAGUCUAAAGGCAGAGAAGAAUAAAAAAGUGGAGAAAUCAUCUCUUUCUACCACAAACUCACAUAAUACGAACCAAUCCAGUAACAACCUAAAACAGAGUAAGACUUUAUUUACAAAACCAGUCUUUCCAGAUGGAUUUAGUACAGGACAGAAUGCCCCCAGAAAAGGAAAUACCAUCCAGAGCAUAAAUGCAACAACUGUUACUUCACAACAUUGUGUUUUCAGAGACCAAGAACCAAAGAUCCAGAGAGAAAUGGCAUCUGCAUUAGAAAAGGGCACUCAAGAAAGAAGUGACAAGAAGGAGCCUCAAAGAAGCCAUAGUGAGGCAUCAGAUCUGAAGAGUGAUGCUGAAUUUAGGAAGACAUUUGGUCUCACAAAAGAUUUGAGAGUGUGCCUUAUCCGAAUUCCUGACCAUUUGGGCUCUGGAAAAGGUUUUGAUGCCUUUAGCAGUUUGGCAAAGAGUAGUACUUAUAAAAAGACAGAGUUUGUGGUGGCAGAACAAGAAAGAAAACAGCAGAGUUUUGAUAGGAAAAGGAAAGCAAAACCGGUUAAGAAGAUGGAUCACACAAAGAAGAGAAAAACUGAACGUGCUUUUAGCACAGUCAUAAAUGGGGGAACUGAUGUCACUAGUCCCAAACAACUUAGCAGUAUUUUGCCAACUUCAGACAUACCACAGCAUAACACUCUCACAAGUGACAACAAAACCACAGAAGAAAAAAGAACAGAGAUAGAACACUGUUCCUAUGAGAAGCAGGAGAAAGGCACAUUGAGUUCAAGUGCACCUUUUGAACAAAGUCAUUCCUUUAAUAAAAAUUAUUCUGAAGAUAUUUUCCCGGUAACACCACCAGAAUUAGAAGAAACCAUCCGAGAUGAAAAAAUAAGAAGACUUAAGCAGGUCUUAAGAGAGAAAGAAGCAGCUCUUGAAGAAAUGCGUAAGAAGAUGCACCAAAAAUAAUAAAAUGUCCUAUACUUAAAGCCUUCAAUGAAAUAACUUUUUAAAACAGACUUGUAUUAAUACAGUAGUUCCUCUUUAUCCACCAGUGAUACAUUCUGAGAUGUCCAGAUCCAUAGUGGAUGUCUGAAACUGGAGAUAGUACUGAAUCCUAUAUACAAGUGCCAUAAUACUAUGACAGUCACUCCAAUCACCCAGACAGCUAAGUGAAUAAUAGGCAGGUGGUGUAUACAGUGUGGAUACAUUGUGUAAAGGAUGAUUUAUUUCCUGAGCAGGACAGCGUGAGAUUUCAUCACAAUACUCAGAAUGAGGUACAUUUUAAAAUUUAGGAAUUCUUUUCAGAGUGUUUUUAUUCAGUAUUUUUAGUGCAUAACUGAAGCCACAGAAAGCAAAAGUGCAGAUAAAAAGGGGCUACUGUAAGUUAAUUACAGAUGCAUUCUGAAAGUGUCUUUGAGUAUGAAUCUUGUUUUUUCAUCAGUUGACUAUAAAAUUUAAGGAAUACAGAAAAGGCUAAUUCACAAAGGACUUGUGAAUAAUCUACAUGGGUUAAUUGUACCACUGUAUUAGGUACCAUUUUUGGAAGGAAAAGUAUUUUUCUAUUGUUUUAACUGAAAUUCCCCGAAGUUUGAUUAUUUGUACAGUGUUUUUGUUGUUAUUGUAACUUUAACCAAAUCACUCAGAUGUUGCUCCCCCAAAUAGCUGAUUAUUGUAAACUACUGGAAUUCUAAAAUUCAAGAAAGUAAGUCAACUGUAAACUCAACUUUACCAUUGAGUUUGUGUAUGUACUUAUAGUAUCCUUACCCAUAAAAUGAUAAUAC